GUCACGGAGGGUGAUGUAAUGCUUCUCUAAAUAGAACGUAUUGUAACCUUCUCUCAGUCCAACGUGGUUCCUUCACCCAGGCUGCUGUCCCUUCCCUUCUUACACUUGUUGGGUCAAUUCAGUUGAGCGAUAAAGACCUGUGAUAAAAGACUCUGCACUUGACAUUUGCCACUUGGUCCAGAGCUGAAGCAUGUAAGCAAGACAGUGUGGUAUCAUCUCCUGAUAAAUGUAAAAUAUUGAUGAGGAAUCAAAGAUGAAUUUGGAGCAGGAGAGGCCUUUUGUCUGCAGUGCCCCAGGCUGCUCACAGGAACAAACAGUGAAGAUGACUUUGGCUGCAGUGAAAAUGACACACUUUGGUCAGACUUUGGUCAGACGUUUUCCAACAGAGGAUCAUCUGAUGAUUCACAGGCACAAACAUGAAAUGACUUUGAAGUUUCCUUCACUAAAAACAGAUAACAUGUUAUCAGACCAAACUCCGACACCAACUCGGUUCCUGAAGAACUGUGAGGAAGUGGGCCUCUUCAAUGAUAUAGACUGCUCCUUAGAGCACGAGUUUAGGAAGGCACAAGAAGAAGAGAACAAUAAAAGGAAUAUUUCAAUGCAUAACACUGUUGGAGGAGCCAUGGCAGCACCUGGGACACACCAGCUCUCAAAUCCAAGGAUGCCAAACCAUGACACCAGCAUUGUGAUCCAACAAGCGAUGCCGUCUCCUCAAUCCAGCUCCGUAAUUACACAAGCACCUUCCACCAAUCGACAGAUUGGGCCUGUCCCAGGCUCUUUGUCAUCAUUACUGCACCUGCACAACCGGCAAAGACAGCCCAUGCCUGCUUCUAUGCCUGGUACUCUACCUAACCCUACGAUGCCUGGAUCUUCUGCAGUUUUGAUGCCAAUGGACAGACAAAUGUCAAUGAACUCCAAUAUCAUGGGAAUGCAAGGCCCAAACCUCAGCAAUCCGUGUGCUUCACCACAAGUCCCUCCAAUGCACUCAGAAGCCAAAAUGAGGUUGAAGGCAGCAUUGACCCAUCAUCCUGCAGGCAUGUCAAAUGGGAAUAUGAACACCAUGGGUCAUAUGAUGGAAAUGAUGAGCUCCCGACAGGACCAGACAGCACACCAUCAUAUGCACUCACAUCCACAUCAGCAUCAAACGCUUCCACCGCAUCACCCAUACCCACACCAGCAUCAACACCCAGCACACCAUUCUCAUCCGCAGCCUCAUCACCAGCAGAACCACCCACACCACCAUUCUCACUCACACCUUCACACACACCCAGCACAUCAUCAGACCUCACCACAUCCACCACUGCACACAGGUGGACAAGCACAGGUAUCAGCAGCAGCCCAACAAAUGCAGCCCACCCAGACGAUACAGCCCCCUCAGCCUACCGGGGGUCGCCGAAGGAGAGUGGUGGAUGAAGACCCAGAUGAGAGGCGGCGGAAAUUUCUGGAACGAAACCGUGCAGCUGCCACACGCUGCAGACAGAAGAGGAAGGUCUGGGUGAUGUCACUGGAAAAGAAAGCAGAAGAACUCACCCAGACAAACAUGCAACUUCAGAAUGAGGUUUCCAUGUUGAAAAAUGAGGUAGCACAGCUGAAACAGUUGUUGUUAACACAUAAAGACUGUCCAAUAACAGCCAUGCAGAAAGAAUCACAAGGAUACCUAAGUCCUGAAAGUAGCCCUCCUGCAAGUCCCAUCCCCACCUGCUCCCAACAACAAGUCAUCCAGCAUAACACCAUUACAACUUCCUCUACAGUCAGUGAUGUUGUCGGAAGCUCAACGCUUAGCCAGAUUGCAAGUCACAGAACAGAUAUGAAUCCAAUCCUUUAAAACCUGUUGGUCAGGAACUGCUAUGAAACAGUGAUAAAAUAUCAGAUUUCUUUUCUGUUAACGGCAUUUUUGCAGAGUUAUCUCAGACCUGGAAGACUCUCCAACCCCUGAAAGACUGAGUUUCAUUUUUAUAGUUAUUAAAAUGUCUUUUAUACUUAGUAAUAAUAAAGGGAGUUAUGCAAUGACUAUGAGAUCAGCUUGGGAGACGCUUUGGUGCUUUCUCCAGUUUUCUGGUACCAGUUACUUGUUAUGUUUGUUUGUUUUUAACCAAACUGUCCCUGUACAUAGUCUUGUUCUUUCUCAUCCUUGCAGGCUGAGACCUCAGAAACAAAUUUAACUGCCACUUGUUAGCUGAAACGAGGCUUGAGAAAUAUUAAACAGAAAUAUUAAACACAGGCAACUAAGAGUAAUUGGGCCAUAAAUAUAUGGAGGAAGCCUGGUUGACAGCGCAAUAAGUACAUUUGUUUUGUGAAAGCACCAGGCCCUCAAACACAUUCAUAGCCUUGCAUACCUUUUUCUGUUUUGAGAAUGUUUCCAUAUUCCACAUAGUUACUGGCUCAAACAUCAAAUUAUGGCAAGAUGCCCAACUAAUCCUGCUCUCCCUCUGUCCAAGCUGUUUAUGUUCUGCUAUUCUGCAUGCACAGAAUUUUACAUGGAAUUUGGUCUGUUUUCUUGUAUUGAAGUCCCCCCCCCCCAGGUUUUCUUGGGCUACUUGUUUGCAGAGAUACAUUUGAAAAUAUGCAGGCAGUUCAUGUAAUCCUGCAGUGAUUGAAAUUGUGUUCCCUGGCCAUCUAUCCCUUUCUUGUGUUCUCUUGUCCACAAGUCCUUCACUCACUUCUUUUUUGCCUACCACCAUGGUGCCCUUGUACAGAUGCAAAAUGAAUGCAAAAUAUGAAACGUGCGUACUUUUUAAAUUGCAUGAUUUUUUGAGCUUCCUCGGAGUUUCCUGACUCUUUCAUGUGUACUUUGUUUUUCCCUCUGCACUUUUUAUGUCUCCCUCUGAAAACCAUAUAGUUCUACAUUCUGCCCUAAAACUUCUUUAUUGUCCUUCAUACUAAAACUCUUAUGCCUAUUUUCUUUCUGCUUGCAGAAAGUCUUUCAACUUUCAUAAAACACUAAUGUUGAAGAAAAGCCUCCAGGCCCACCACCCGUUCACCCAGAAACAGCUGGCUUGGUCCCUGUUUUCAAUAGCCACUUAUCCACAGCUGCGUUGGGUUUCGCCUUUUCCAAAAAAAAAAAAGCACACUUUUUAUGAACCUGAUUUAGUGUUUUUAAUAAAUAGUAAAAGUUAAAAGCAGUUUAACCACAGGUGAAGUCUGCUUAUAAGUCAGCCAUGCUAGGGAAAGCCUUGUAAGAUUUUUGCUGUAAAAUCCAUAGCAUAGGAGGAGGGCAAAUCUAAUUAUGUCAGUUGUAUUUUUCUUUUGCGUUGCCAGUCAAAAAAGAAGAAAGUAUAUGCCCAAAUCCAGGGAAGAAGGAGCACUGUAUAGUAGGGAUUUGCACAGACCUGGUUGGAGGCCCUUUUAUGGGCCUCCGAACAGGUUCGAAAGACCAGCGGUUUGACCAGUUCAAAGGCAGGGGGGUACCUUUAAGGACUGGGGAAGGUGCUCUCCCACCCCCACUGCAUUUCCCCCACCAGUGCUGCAGUUUAAAAGGGUCCGGUGGGGCAGCAGCAUACCUUCCUGCCACCCCGUUGCCUCCUUGUACCAGAAGUGACUGGAAGUACCCGGCGCAUGUGAGCACGUUGGGCGCAUAAGCUAGUGUGGCAUGUUCAUGUGCCCAACAUGCGCAUGCAUGCCGGGUUCUUCUGUUCACUUCCAAUCCGAAGAGGCAAUGGGGCGGCAGGAAGGUAUGCUGCUGCCCCACCAGACUCUUUUAAACUGCAGACUCUUUUAAACUGCAACGGAAGGGGGGAGGACAACUUGGAGGGGGGGUAAGAGCACCCUCCUCAGUUCUCCCCCUCCACCCUCGAGCUGCCUCCCGCUGGUUCCGUACACUUCCCUACUGUAUCGAGCUGCACCACACUGCGAUACUCAACAGCUAUUCAGAAAAGGUUGUCAUACCAUAACAACUGGGAGCUCUUCUUCCUUGUAUCUUCCCAUACCGCUCCAGGAACAGAUGAUGGGUGAUGGGACCACAUUGUGGGGACAAAGACACAGGGCCUGGGUGCUGCAUAGCUAUGUUACCUUCAUCCAUACAUUACUGAAGCAGCAUGGGAAGAAGUCAUGGGGAAACGGUGUCCAUUUUCCUCUGGUACCAUAAAUUGGCCUGCUAGCUGUACUACACGCAGGACUGCUCUCGCUAAAUUAAAGUCGGAGUUUUAAUCUUUCAGAAUAAAAAUAGACACCAAUUUUCAGCAUAGUGAAAUGUCGGCAGCUGAGCACCACCCAUGCUACUGUAUGCAUGUAAACCCUGCGCAGGCUGUGGUGGAACAGCCCUGUUCCACUGCAACUUCAAGUUGCACAAGCACAGUGGCACAACGCAAUGUCCAUUAUUUCCAUAUUACAGCAGAACAGGGCUCAGGGGUGUAGCAAGGUUGUAGUGGGCUCAGAGACAAGAUUUUAAAACGGCC